AUUAAUAUCGCGUAUUUUACAAAAAGACGAGGACGCCGCGGUCGUGAACGACCUCGUGGAAGGAUCGCGCGUCCCGCGACGAGUCUUCUCCCGUUUUUCUCCUUCGUCUUCCCCGUAAAAUUCGUGCGAUUCGGGGAUAACGGUUCCACGAGCUAUCAUCAAGUGGGCCUAAACAGCGAGGCCAAUGCCAGGCGGAUCGCGAUGGUCGAAAACUGCUUUGGCGGUUCGGGUCAGCCACUCGCGGUACCUGGCCGAGUUUUGGUGGGAGAAGGUGUCCUGACGAAAAUGUGCAGGAAGAAGCCCAAACCCAGGCAAUUCUUUCUGUUCAACGAUAUACUGGUCUACGGAAAUAUCGUAAUUAAUAAGAAAAAAUAUAACAAACAACAUAUAAUACCACUGGAGGAGGUAAAAUUAGAGUCUCUAGCUGAUGAGGGUCAAUAUCGUAAUGGGUGGCUCAUUAAAACAGUAACAAAGUCGUUUGCUGUUUAUGCUGCUACUGCAACAGAGAAGCAAGAAUGGAUGGCACAUAUCACAAAAUGUAUUGAAGAUUUAUUAAGAAAGAGUGGCAAAAAGCCUGUCGAAAUUCACGCAGCAGUCUGGGUACCAGAUAAUGAAGCUACAAUUUGCAUGCACUGCAAUAAGACACAGUUUACAGUAUUAAACAGACGGCAUCACUGUAGGCAAUGCGGAGCGGUAGUUUGCGGUCCCUGCAGUAAUAAAAAAUUAUUAUUACCUGGACAGGGGAACGGGAAGGCCGUCAGAGUUUGUUUACAAUGUUACGAUGCCGCUAGUAAAAUCAAAGCUAUACCCACAACCGCUGUGAAUAGCUUAAAUAACAAAGAUCAGCAACGUAAUUCCGCUGAUAGCUCAGGAGGGGACAGCUCUGGAGAUGACGAUGAGGGAAAUAAGGAAGAGAAUCACGAUGAGCCUAAAUUCUAUUCGACGCUCGGCCGAUGAAGAUGAUUGUACAUCACACCAAACAAUAUCAUAUAAAAAUAUAAAAAUUUUAUAGAAAGGUAUUUUUGAAAAAAGCGCCGAUGAUAUUAAACUAUUACACAGUUCAAAGAAAAGAACUAAGAAAAAAGAUAAUCAUUCCUUAUAAUUUUUAUGCACACAUAAUACGAUUUCAUGAAUGCUCUAUUGUGUUACAAUUUUAAUUAAUUUAAGGUCAAAAUUGUACAAAAAAUAGACUGCUUCAGUUGCUUUUAUAUUAGAUCUGUAUUUAGUAAAUUGAAAACUUAAGUUUGAAUAAAUAAUUGAAAAAUGUUCGGUAAAGUGUUUAUGAUCCUUAAUGGCUUAAUGUAUAACUUUCCUAUGACAAACUCGAUAUUUAAUCACAAAAAUCUUACUAACAUUAAUCUUUGCAACGAAUUUCUUUUGAAGACAAACUUCUAAUACAUUUAAUUUCGAAUAAAAAAACUUACAGUAAAUUGUGCCAUAGCUAUGGCACAGUAAAGUAUAUAAAAAAAAAGUUUCUCUUUUCAAGACUUAUAAGAAUCUCAAAUCUUUCAAAAUUGUAACCUAAUAGAGCAUUUUGGAAAUUGUAUUCAUCCUAAAGACUAUAGGAAUAAUUACUCUUUUUUUAAUUUAAAAAAGUUAGUUUUUGUCAAACAAUGUUAUCGAGAUAGAAAAAUUUACAAAAAUAUUCUUAUAAAUAUUUCUAAACAAGAUAAUUAUGUACAAAUAUGAUAUAAAUUUAUGCUAAAAUUCUCAAAGCAUAUAUGGUUGGAUACAUAUAUCUGAUUUAUAUUAUGAAUCUUUGCGGUUUUUAAUAAAAGAUAUUGCGCGAUUUAUAUUAACAAAGAAUAAGAAAUGCCGAAUAUGUAUAGAUAACUGCAAAAACAAAAAAAAAAAAGGAUCAAUUCUUUUCUAAAGCGCCAGAAAUGCGCCAUUAGAAUCAGCAAUAGUUUGUAAUUGAUCAAUACUUUUACAUUGAUCAAAUUGAAUAACAAUUGUAAUUAGAUAAACUUUUUUCAUUGUUGUACGUAUAUUAAGAAUAUAUGCCACAUUGUGCCUUUUUAUAUUAUUGAUAGGCAACAUCAGAUAUAUAAGCAGGUGACAAAACACUUGCAGAAUGCAUUUUUGAAAUGCAAUGUCUAAUUUUUAUUGUAUAGAUUUUUACUUAUCAUUGCAAAUAUACAUUAUAACUAAAUACAAAGCAUAUAUACAUAGCAAUCUAAACGUAUAAUAAUUGUGAAUAAAAAAAAUGUUAUAUUAUUACAAA